GGCAAGCCCAGGCUACCGCAGUGGGAGGGCAGGGAAGCGCUACGCCCUAUAAUCGCCGGCUCCACGUCAGUUUCUAGGCCUCCACGCCGUCAGUGCCUUCCGGUGUCUAGGGGAGUGAAGGCCCAGGGGUCGGAGCGGAGGAAAGCCCAGGCGGGAGCAGGACGAACCUCUGCACUGGGAAGAACUCUGAAAGAAAUGAAGAAAGCCCUCAGAAAUGAAGUUGGUGACCUCGCGGCUCUCUGUUGAGCACUGUACUACUGUUCCUUAGGAUGGCACUGUGCCAGACGUCUGCCGAGGUCAUUCUUCAGGUGGAAGAGGCACUUGAUGAAGAAGAAAAGGAGAUGCUGUGCUUUUUGUGUCUGGAUAUUACUGCAGAUGUAGUUCCACCUACAGUCAGGGACCUUCUGGAUAUUUUAUGUGAGAGAGGGAAGCUGUCUGUGGUGCAGUUGGCCGAGCUGCUCUACAGAGUGAGGCGGUUUGACCUGCUCAAGCGAAUUUUGAAGAUGGACAGAACAGCCGUGGAGGCUCACCUGCGCAGCCAUCCUCACCUUGUUUCGGACUAUAGGGUGCUGAUGGUGGAGAUUGGUGAGAAUUUGGAUAAAAAAGAUGUAUCAGCAUUGAUUUUCCUCAUGAGGGAUUACACAGGCCGAGGCAAGGUCUCCAAGGACAAGAGUUUCUUGGAUCUGGUGGUUGAUUUGGAGAAACUGAAUUUGAUUGCUCCAGAUCAAUUGGAUUUAUUAGAAGAAUGUCUAAAGAACAUCCACAGAAUAGACCUGAAGACAAAAAUCCAGAAGUACAAGCAGUCUGCUCAAGGAGCUAUGAAAGGAGCAGGAACAAGUUGUGUGAAUUCUCUCCACACCUCUCUCCCAAACUUGAGUCUCAAAGAUCCUUCAUAUAGCAUAAGGCUCCAGAAUGGGAGAAGUAAAGGACAAAGACAUUGGCCACUCCUUCAAAGAGAACCAGUAAAGACAUCCAUUCAGGAAUCAGGAGCUUUUUUCCUUCAGCACAUCUCUGAAGAGAUAUACAAGAUGCAGAGCAAGCCCCUUGGAAUUUGCUUGAUAAUUGAUUGCAUCGGCAAUGACACAGAAGUUCUUCGACACACCUUCACUUCCCUGGGCUAUGAAGUCCAAAAUUUUUUGCAUCUUUGUGUGAAAGACAUAAGCCAUAUCCUUCACCAAGUUGCCAAUCUGCCCCGACACCAACACCAUGACAGCUUUGUGUGUGUCCUGGUGAGCCGAGGAGGCUCCCAAAGUGUGUUUGGCGUGGAUGAGACUCACUCAGAGUUAUCCUUGCAUCAUAUCAGGAGGAUAUUCAUGGGGGACAAAUGUCCUUCCCUCAUAGGGAAACCAAAGCUCUUUUUUAUUCAGAACUAUGUGGUGUCUGAGGGCCAGAAGGAAGACAGCAGCCUGCUGGAGGUCGAUAGUCCAGCGAUGACCAAUGUGGAAUCCAAGGAACAAAAGCCUGGGCCAAGCACGGUUCACCGAGAAGCUGACUUCUUCUGGAGCUUGUGCACUGCUAGUGUGUCCCUGCUGGAGCAGUCCUCUAGCUCACCCUCCUUGUACCUGCAGAGCCUCUCUCAGAAGCUGCAGCGAGAAAGAAAACGCCCACUUCUGGAUCUCCACCUUGACCUCAACCGCAAAGUGUAUGAUUGGAACAGCAGAGUUUCUGCCAAGGAAAAGUACUGCCUCUUUUUGCAACACACCCUGAGAAAGAAACUCAUCCUGUCUCCCACAUGAAAACCCCAAACCUUUCUUCACCUGGAGGUCUCCAUCUCUAGAGAGAGAGUGGUUUUCAAGCAUGCAUGCAUGUGAAUGGCCACUCCAGUCAGCAGCUUGGUGAGCAACACAAAAACGAGAAAGGGUUUAAUAACCCUCAGCCCUUGCUUUCUCUAAGGGGUGCAUAACCCAAGAAGAAAUGGAAAGAAGGACAGUCUGGAAGUCUGGUAUAGUCAAUGAACGUCUAUCCUUUGUCAGGGAAACUUGCAACCCACAGACUCUUCUCUCAGGAGCUGGUUGUGAGGACUGAUUCCCCAACCCUGGUUCCAUUCCGGCUCCCCACUCUUUCCUCCUCCGGUAAGUCAUCUUUCUGUUACUGUACAAAUGCCGAGAUAAUCAGCUUCAAAACACAAAAGGUCUAUUUUGGCUUAUGGUUUCAGACAUUUCAGUCCACAGUCACUUAGCCCUGUUGUUUAAGGCUGUGGUGAGUGGUACAAGGUAGAGGAAGCACAAGGCAGAGGAAGCUGUUCAAGCUGACAGUUUGGAAGCAGAGAAAAGGAGAGGAGGGACCUGGUUCCAAUAUCCUCUUCUAAGGCACUCCCUCCCCAGUGAACUAACUCCUCCCACUAGGCCUCGUCUCCCAAAGGUUUCCACCACCUCCAGUAGUGCCACCUGCUGGGACCAAGCCUUCAACACACUGGCCUUUGAGGGUCAUUUAAGUUCCAAACUAUUGCACUUCUCUUCCAUGAAUAGAUUGUGGUAAGUGGUAUUGAACACCUUCUCCUGUCUGCAGCAGGAAUCUGGGAAUCUCUUCACCCAUAUUCUAGGAGUAAAUUUUCAGGAUUAAGCCUGUUUCUUAUGCCACCAGGAAGUCAGAAUUUGAGGUCAAUCUUGUCAAAUUGGCUGCGAUUUAUAAUUGGUAAAGUAGCCUUAAAGAAUAUGGUUGUCCAAACAUCAACUAAGUCUGGCCAAUGAGAGAUAGUGGAUUUGAUGGCUGGAUCUCUAACUUCCGUGUUGAACUAUGGAGGGCCAUAUUACAGGAAUAGCUGCAUGGUGAAGAAUAGCUGAACACUGAAUGAGGAUGUUAAGGAGCAAACGCACCAUACCAGCCUAAACCACCUACCUCUGGACUUUUAUGUGAAUGAAAAAAAUCAGAAUUUAUAUUUCUCUCAAACUGAUUAGCCCAACUGAUGUUUUGUUCUUUGAUUAAAAUAUCUGGAAUGUUUGUUCCUAUUAUAAGCUUGAAAGAAAUUUGUAUAGAUGAUUAUUUUUAUUUUCUAAUUAUUAUUUAAAAUGUAUACACUUAAAUCUGAGCUGGCCUAAAUGUUUAAUAUGGAUGAUCUCGUUUUUCUUGUUUCA